AAACCGAGAAGAAACUUCAUGGUCGGAGAUCUUGUGCUGCUGGUGGACAGUUCUUCUCCACGCAACUCCUGGCUCAUGGGGAGAGUGGUUGAGACGUUGCCAGACUCAAGUGGAACAGUCCGAAGAUUGAAAGUAAAAACUAAAAGCAGCAUCCUGGAAAGACCCGUUAACAAGUUGUGUCUUCUGGAGGAGGCUUCAUCCGAACGAUGAAGAGAAAGAAUGUUUGUUCAUGGACAUUACAAUUAGGUUGGCUCUUAAUGAUUGAUGUUUCUCCACAGUCACUGUCCACAUGGGUCAGUGGGACCAAGAACCACUCUGCUAAUGUGUGGACUCUGACCAGCAACAUCCAGCAAGACCCAGACAGUGUUUUCUAUCUCCCAGCUGGAGUUUUUUUGUUUGUCUGUGACUGGAGAGUCAGAUUUUUGUUGAGGCUGGAGGAACAGCCUCACACUUGCAGAGGUUAAUACACGCUACUGAUCCCUGAUGGGAGAAUCAUCACCUCUGCCAACAAAGAAGCCUGGUGGAUAUUUGUUUACAGUAUGAUGAUGGGACCUCAUGCUCUGCAUCUUCAAAGUUUGUCUCUUGAUUAUUAUUCAUACACAGUAAUGUGAAGUAUGCUCAUAUCUAGUAUAACUGGACCAACCUGGUGCUCUUCAUUUAUGGAGGCUGUUGAGUCUGAUUGUUGGAUGUUGUGUAUCUCGUGUUCUCUGGGCUUUGUUGUCCUCAGUCUUUUUGCAGGAUCAGAAAACAAAACCAGGAGGCCUGUAAAUGUUUCUUCUCCAAUUGGAUGAUGAUAAGACUGUGACACGGGAUGCCACCUUUGUAAAUGCUGGCAAAGCCACUUUACUUUGCGCUUUUAUUUUGAAGAGUACCUUAGAACUUCAUCUUUUAUUGUGUCAGACUUCCUGUUCUGUUCUCAGUGAAACAACACAAACACGUUGCUUCAGAACUGGCUAAGAGAUGUGCAUGGAGGAGGUUGGCUAGUUGGUUCAGCAUGAUUAGCACCCUUGGAAGCAGAAAGAGUUUUCACGGUGCCAUAUUGUCUGUGGUUUAAAGAGAAGAGAAUAAAGUUGCAUCAGUCGAAGCUCUCUGCGUCACGAGUGGUAAUUCCAAGUGGGCAGCUACAGUGAAAACUCCUUGACUGCAAGAGACCUGCCAUCCCUGCAGAGAACCUGACACCAUUUCAUCAGAGAUCCAGCUACCAACCUGUUACCAGCCAGCUGAUUCCACUUGCAUCCACAAACUGCACUCGCAAGGUUAGAAAGAACAGCAUACUAAAGCUCAGGACUCCAGAUACUGAAAGAGACAUUGACUACCAAGAAGAAACACGGGACUGCUUACACACAUGCACAAGCUUAAUGCAUAACUAGAAACUCUUUAAACAAUAUUACGAGGCCAAAAUAAUUCAUGGACUUCCAACACAUAAUAUUCCUGAAUCUGGUUAAUGUUUCUUGGUGAGCAAAAUGUGUUUUUUGUGGAAUAAUAAUUCACAGGAUGUCUGUUUAUGAAAAGGUUUAAAAGGUGAAGCUCAUUAGCUAAUUUAUGAACAUUUGUUGUUGCUGUCUUACACUAAACAUACCUUUGAAUGCCCAUAAUCAGUAAAUGUUUGACACAGCGUUACUCUGUGGUAAAGAUUAACUACAGCUUAAAAGUAUAGUCAGGCAGUAAGGCAAUCAAAGCUACAAUCGACUUAAGGCAGCUACGGAAACAAAAUGUCACUACCAGAAGAGCAAACAGACAACCCCACACACGUACCAUGUGAAUCCAGCUCAACAGAAGAAGAAACAGGCAACCCUACAAACGCACCAUGCAAAUCUAGCUCACGUGAGAGAAAAUUAACAGAGAAAGGACUAGAGAUGCAAAACCAGGAUAUCAGAAAACGUGAAAAAUCAUUCAACAAGACUUAUAACUCUUGGAAGCUCGUAGCAAGGGAAACUAGAACAAAACUAAAAUCCCUCUGCUCAGCAGAAGACCUCAGUAAACUGCAGCAAAACAUUGAAGCAAAGCACGACGCUGUAAGUUCACAGUAUGAACCUAUCCUGCGUAACAGUAACACAACACCUGACAUUGUCAACAAAAUGGACGCCUGUGUUACGCUAACAAAGGAAAUAUGUAACCUCAUAAGUGACCGUCUAAAGACUGUUCAUGAGGAAUAUAAUAACCAUCUUGAGAAAGAAAGAGUAAGAGAAGUGUUAAGCAAGAACGAAUAUGGGUCUGUUUUGGCGACAGCAUAACGGAAACUGCAAGCUCUAUAGAGUUGUCAGAGCAAUUGAGCCGUCACUCUGGCUCAUCCUGUACCCGCAGCAGUAGAGUAGAUGCAGAAGCAGAGCUUGCUGCCAAGCUGGAGCAAUCAAAGGCUAUGGAAGACAUUCGAGCACAGCAAGCACAUCUUCACAAGUUAGAAAGUGAAUGGAAACUCAAAGAGGCAAAAAUGUUGUCAGAAAUUAAACUAAAAGAGGUGGAAAUGCAACAACAGUUGGAACAAGAAAGAGCAAAACUACAGCAGUUACAAGCAGACAAAGAAGUUGCUAUAGCAACAGCUCGCGUGAAGGCGUACAACAGCCUUGAAGGGUUUGAGAACCACAACAGAGAAAUUGACAGCAAAAUUAGCUCUGCUUGCUACAGAAGGCAAAUUGAACCUCAACUGAAUCCAAAUGCCGCAUCAUUCCAACCCCACCAAGCAAUUCCAGAAAUGACAAUGACCCAGGAGUCUGUCAGCUUAGCACAAGCAAUCGCUAGCUCAUUAAGUAUGAAUCGCUUGCCAGUCCCUGAGCCUGCCUCAUUCAGUGGGGACCCUUUACAGUUUACCGAUUGGAAAAUGUCAUUCAUGAAUCUGAUUGAUCGAAAACCUCUUCCAGCAAGCGAGAAGAUGUUUUAUCUGAAAAAUUACCUCACAGGAGAAGCACGCAAAGCGGUAGGUUUCUUUUACCAAGAUUCAGAAAAUGCAUACAAGGGAGCAUGGAAGGUCUUAGAGGACAGAUAUGGGAACCCAUUCAUUAUACAGAAAGCAUUUCGUGAUAAACUCAUGAGAUGGCCAAAAAUCAGCGCAAAUGACCCACUAGCACUACGAGAGUUUGCCGAUUUCCUCAAAGGAUGCUCUGAAGCAAUCCCACAUGUCAAAGGACUAGCUAUCCUAAACGAUUGUGAAGAAAAUCACAAAUUGCUCAAAAAACUGCCAGAAUGGAUCGUGCGCAAGUGGAGUCGAACUGUUGUAGAUGAACUUGACGAAUCUGGCACCUAUCCAAAUCUUGCAUGCUUCACAGACUUCCUGAGUAGAGAAGCACGGAUAGCUUGCAACCCGAUAGCUUCUCCACUGUUGAUGAAUUUCAAACCUGUAGAUGAUCGAAUCCCAAAGAGAGCCAAAGUCUUCAACACAAACAUGCAACCAAAGAGUUCCGCUCAAGAGAAACGAGACACAAACAUUAGUAAACCAAAAUCACCUUGUUCUGUUUGUAAAAAUGAAACGCAUGGAAUCUCAAAGUGUCCCAUCUUUGCAGCUAAGAGUGUUGAAGAUAAAAAGGCAUUCAUCCAUGAAAACCGGCUCUGCUUUGGAUGUUUAAGAAAACCAUUCUUUGAGAAGAGCAUGUGUGAGGUGGUACCAAGUCCAGUGGUGGCAUGCUCUACACCAGCAGUCCCCAACCACCGGGCCUCGGACCGGUACCGGUCCGUGAGUCGUUUGGUACCGGGCCGCGAGAGUUGAGGCUCAGGUGUGAAAUGUAUG